UUCGACUGUUCGACAUUGUGCUCCUCGCUGUUUAAGCUCGCGUCUUCCUCGUUAAGCCCGCUACAGACGCCCUUUGUUCCUCAAUCGACGUAAGGAUCGAGUGUAGCGAGACCAUGUCAGACGACGAAGGCACAUCUCGCAAGUCAGGUGCCUAUCGCAUCGAGUACGCGGCGCGUGGUCAGGCCAAUUGCAACGGCAAUAAAUGGUGCAAAGAAGGGCCUGAGCCAAAGAUUGCAAAGGGUGGCCUGCGAGUUGGCGCUUGGGUCAAAUUCAGAGAGCAUGGCUCUUUCAAGUGGCGCCAUUGGGGCUGUGUCACGCCCAAGGUGAUCAGCAAUCUCAAGACGGCAUUUGAGGAUCCUGCCGAGCUUGACGGCUACGAGGACCUCCGCCCCGAGGAUCAGACUCGCAUCAAAGAUGCCUACGAUCAGGGCCACAUUGCUCCGGAGGACGUCAAUCCCAACUCACUUUCUCGCGAGCCCCCGCCUGCCGAGUCAGGCGAGGAAGGCGCAGAUGAGAAGCCUUCCCCCAAGAAGAAGACUGCGACGAAGCGCAAAGCAAAGAAAGAGGAGGAGGAUGAUGAUGCCGACGGUCAGGUAGUCGAAAAGCCAAAGAAGAAGCGUCGCACCAAGAAGGAGAUGGCUGCAGCGGCCGAAGAGACUGCUGCUGCUGCGCUCGAGGCAAAGCAAGGCGAUGAUGCCGAAGAGAAGCCGAAGCUUGAACAAGCCAAUGGCGGUAAAGCUGACGAAGAAGCCAACGUCACCACAGAGACUAUUCUGCCCAUCGAAGACGAAGCUGUCGAUGACGAAGUAGCCAAGCCGGACGCCACUACUGCCGAGACAGCUAGCGAGGUCCCGAUGAGCAAACCGAGCGGCAAGCUCGUCAGACGAAGCUCUCGCAGUAAGACAGAGACGCCGGCGCCGGAGAACGAGACCAUCGAGGUGAAACCAAAAGUCAAGGGUCGCGCCACAAGGAAGAAGAAGUAGGUUUCGCUUGCUCGCGAGGCCCAAUCUGCGCUGCUAUCAAACAAGAGUCUUGUACCAUUCCGCCACACGCUGUUGUGCUAUCAGAUGCUACAUGAUUAUUGCCC